AAAGCGUUUCCACUACAGACUGUAUCCAGUUCCUCUCCUGCACCUGAGGAUCUUGAGUGCCAGGUGGGAUUUGCUGGGAUUAGUUUGGUUGUGAAAGAAGAUGCAUCAUUCAGGACUCCUGACGCUGUUGUCCCUUUUAUCGGUCAUAGAUGGAGCCUACUGUGGUAAAAUCUUGGUAUUUCCUGUUGAUGGAAGCCAUUGGAUUAACAUGGAAAUUCUCAUAGUGGAACUACAUUCAAGAGGACAUGAAUUAACUGUAAUCCGCGGAUCAAAUUGCUGGCGGAUCAAAGAAGAGUCUCCCUACUACACUUCUCUCACGUUUGACAUAGGCAAAUUUGACGAUGAGUUCUUCAACGGCUUUAUAGUGAACUUGCUGCAAAUACGAAGAGAAAAAAGAUACUUCUGGGACCAAGACAUGCUCGGACUGGACAUACUGAAGAUCAUUUCUAAUUACCAUCAGGAGGUUUGCAAUAUGACUGCUAUGAUUUUUGAUAAUGAGACUCUCAUGAAUUUUUUCCAGGAUGCCAAAUAUGAUCUGAUGCUGACUGACCCUUCUUUUGGAGGUGGUGUACUACUGGCACACAGACUUGGCCUACCUCUUGUAUUUAAUGUGCGCUGGACUGUACACGGAGAGGGCCACUUUGACAUUGCCCCCUCACCUCUAUCUUACAUCCCUGUUCCUGGAGCAGAGCUAACAGACAAGAUGACCUUCCUUCAGAGAGUCAAGAAUGUGCUGAUUUACACUGUGACAGUUCAUCAACAGUCAAAAUACUUUGGUGAACCUUACAGGGCCUUCUGUCAUAAAUACUUUGGGCCUGAAGUUGAUUACUUCUCCCUCUUUCAGGAUGCAGAUAUCUGGCUCAUGAGAAAUGACUUCACCUUUGAGUUUCCUCGACCCACUAUGCCAAAUGUGGUUUACAUGGGGGGCUUCCAGUGCAAACCCUCAAAACCACUUCCUAAACACCUGGAUGAUUUUGUCCAGAGUUCAGGGGAGCAUGGGGUCAUCAUCAUGUCUUUAGGGACUGUUUUUGGGAAUCUUUUAAGCGAUGUCGCUGAAGAGAUAGCCGCAGCCUUUGCACAACUACCUCAGAAAGUCAUCUGGAGAUAUACUGGGACACGGCCUGCUAACCUUGGCAAUAACACACUGCUUGUGGACUGGAUGCCCCAGAAUGAUCUUCUUGGACAUCCCAAAACUAAGGUUUUUGUAGCCCAUGGAGGAACCAAUGGUGUUCAGGAAGCAAUUUAUCAUGGAGUGCCAAUUGUAGGUCUACCUUUAGCUUUUGACCAGCCUGAUAAUCUCUCCAGAAUGAGGAAAAAGGGAACCGCUGUAAUUGUGGAUUUUGCUGAGUUGGACAGAACUGUGUUUUUGGAAGCUUUGAAGGAGGUGCUGUAUAAUCCAUCUUACAGUGAGAACAUGAAAACGCUGUCUAGACUGCAUCGAGAUCAGCCCAUGAAGCCUCUGGAUCAUGCAAUCUUCUGGAUUGAAUACGUUAUAAGAAAUGGAGGUGCUCCUCACUUGCGCACACAGUCUUUCAGGAUGUCCUGGUUCACCUACCACUCUGUGGAUGUUAUACUCACUCUGCUGGGAGCUGUCCUGGUUAUUCUGUGGCUGACAUUCUCAUUGAUUAAAUGUCUUUGUUGUAUGCUGAUUCAAAAGAAAAUCAAACGUGAAUAAAAUAGAUGAGUUUAACAUUAUAUUAUUAUUAUUUUAUAACUAUUGGGAGACUUUAGUUUCCAUUUGUAUUAUUGAUUAUUUGUGGAAUAUUAUACUGAUUAAUGCACUAAAUGUAUAAUUGUACAUCAAUGUAUAAUAGUGCAGUAUGUUUAAACACAAAAUGAUUGGAAUAUUCUGCAAAGAAAGAUAGAAUAUGAUUUUUUUAAACAUUAAUGGAACAAUAAGUACCCAAUGAGAUGAGCAAGCAUGUAAAAUGACUACCUCAGUUUGUGUCAGAACACUGGAGAGAGUUGUCUGGACACUAAACCAAUACAGAAUCAUACUCUGUAAGUUGUAAGCUAGCUAAUAAAUCUAUGCUUUUGCAAUGUU